UGUCCGAAGCGGUUUGUGGGUCUGCAUGGCUCUUAUUCUCUUUUGCUCAUUCUCGGUCACCAAUUUGCUCUCAUUAUUUUCUUGCUUGUGUUCUCAGCUGUUCAGCAAAUAUAACUUGAGAAAGUUUCUUUUGGUUUUGAAGUGCUUUACUAUUCAGCAAACUUAGACCGUGAGCUCAAUCUCUUUUUGGCUCUAAUUUUUCUUCUGAGUUUUCUUUCGCAGCUUCGGAAAUAACUUGAGAAAGUUUCUUUUGGUUUUAAAGUACUUCACUGUUUGAUUGGCUUCGCUGGAAAUUCAUUUUUGUUGUUGUGGUUCUUUUGUAUGGUUCAUUUUAGACGUUUGUUUGGUUUCCGCUUGAGCUGUGUAUAAUAUGCUUUGAGAAUGGGUCGAAAUAGAGUAUAUGGAAGUUUAGAAGAGGCUCGUGCUGAGAAAAAUCGAAGGAGCCGCGAGCAACGUGCUGCUGCUCGGCGUGGGACAAAGAAUGAUGCGCCAUUAGGAGUGUGUACAUUAGCUGUCACGGCUUUUAAUAUACAUGACUCAAAUGCUGUGAAUCAGCCAAAUAUGGGCGUCGUUGAAUCUUCAUUAGGUUCGGGCUCAGUAUUGCCAUUUGCAGAGAACAAUGCAGAGCACCUUCGAGCUGAAAAUCAAGGAGAUGUAUCUAGGUCUGCUGGUAAUGGUGCUAGCGAGGUUCCAACAACUAAUUCAGAUGCGGGUGAAUCAUCUUUGCAUAGGCGACGUCGGCGUACAAGACGCUCUGUGACUAAUCCAUUGACCACAAUAAUUACAGAGCCUGCAGUAUUGCUCAAUAAUGUAGAGCAAUUUCCAACCGAAAAUGAACAAAAUGUCUGUGCGUCUAUUGCUGAUGGUGCUAAUGAGAUUCCAUCAACUAAUUUAGAUGCUGGUGAACCACCAUUGCGUAGGCAGCGUCGGUCUAGAAAACGAGCUAUGACUGAUCCAUUAACUACAAUAGCUACAGAACCUGCUGUAUUGCCUGAUGUUCCAAGUUGUCCAUAUUGUCAUGCAAAACGAUUUUAUCAGGAACCACCUGGUUUUUGCUGUGCCUCCGUGCGCACCGCUUCAGAGUUUUGGGAGCUGCUUCUUUUUCUUUUCUUCGCCUUCUUUACCAGCUACUUCCCUUUCAUCAGCAUCAUCGCAAAAUUAGCAGCUGAUGCACCCAAAAUUAACAGUUUCAAUGAUGGGGGCUCUUUCAGUCUUUGUCUGGAAGUUCGUACUAUCCCCACAAGCCAAAAACGACACACACACACUCAGCUCCGUCUUUCAGCUGUAUAUACAUCCAUCAAGACAACCUCUGUUUGA